UGCUUUUGCAUGAGAAACGGGUGUGCUCAGGUCCUCACCGUAGCUGGGUAGUAUCCGUGAUACCCCCCAGCAUCAAUCACUACGUGUCGCCGUACCUGCCUACCUACCUAUGUACCUCCGUACUCCGUACCUCGCCUUACACAAAGACCCCAGUUCCAGUUCCAGCCCCAACAGCGUGUCCCCCGUACUCGGUGCGUCCCUCCCCCCCCCAUUGAUUGCUGAGGUGCUGCUGUGCUGUCCCUGCUCCUCCUCUUCAUCCUUCCACUCGCUCGCUCCUCUCCUCUCCCCUCCCCACUCCACCACCCCCCGACUCGCCUUUCGCAGCACCCCCGUCACUUUCUCCCCGAGAGGACAUUCCCAUCCUGCCUCGUCUUCUCUUCACGUCGUGUCUGCCUCAUCCGUUUUUUUCCCACCUCAACCAUCACUUCGCACACUCAUUGCGAGCUCCUUUCCCUUUCACCUCGCUCGUCUAGCCGACAAACCACAAUCCUCUCUCCCUCCCCUAUCACAUCCGAAUCCAAUCCCUCUUCGAUCAAUCAGACACCCAAAACAUCUACCUUCCUUGAAAUCAGCUACGUCCACAAAAUCAAAAAGACCAAUAGCCAAAACUACAUCCCAGUUCUCCACUGUCAUUAGUCCGUAACGGCAUACGUCAAUACGUGCCACAUCAUCCCACAAAGCCUAUCGACGCCUACGCCGAACCACCUGCUAUCCGACGCGGCCAAUCCUGCCUAUCCCUCCUCCAUCAACAGCCGAAGCACUUGACGUGCAAUACAAUCAAAAAGGAGCCAAUUCUUCAUCUGCUUGACUGCCCGCCAUGGAGCAGCAGCAGCAACAACAGCCGCAGCAGCCGCAGCAAUCGCAGCA